AUGAUUAUACGAAGCCGCUAUUUCCAGCCGAUAAUAGCUAUUGCAGCUUUCCUUCAUUUGGAUGCAAUACAAGCGUUGAUUGACAACCCAACAGCUAGCUGCGACCAUCCAAGUAAUUACUCUGAUUUCACAGUUUUACUCGUAAACAACACCAUCAUUGCGACUGGCGGGAAUGCACAUCGUAUGGAAGUGUGGCAGCGAGAUGUAUCAAAUGGCUUGGAUAUACAUCACAAUUGUUGGACGAAUCUACUGGACGGUGGCAUUGACCAUGAAACAGCCAAUAUCACUACAGCCUAUCAACCGUACAAACACGGCAUUGGAUUUAAAGUGUCAGACGACUCUUUCGCUGUGCAAGCAGGCGAUAAUGCGUCCACUGUCAUGUCAAGGUUGGCUUAUUUUGAUCUUGCUACUUACGCAUGGUCCAGUCCCAUCACACAAGGCAGCGAACCAUCACCCAGGGCUCGUAUGUCUGUAUCACUGAAUGAAACAACAAACACUGCUUGGUUCUAUGGGGGAAGGACAGAAUCAACAGAGCAAUCAAGUGAUUAUUUUAAUUCCUUUUAUUUUUUCGACAUACAAACAUCCACAUGGAACUGGCCAGACACUUACUAUUCUGGAGGUCAUCGACCAGCGAGAUACGGCCAUAGCAGCAAUUUGAUAUCUGAGCGCCUAUUCAUUGUUGGUGGAAAAACGGCUGUUCAUUCUGCAGAUGCGAAUAGCUGGACACUUGCAUCUGGUGGUUUUCAGAGUAUAUUGAUCUAUGACACUGCGAAUCAUCAAGCGAUUAGCAUGGCAACGAUGGGUGAUAUUCCACCAGCACGAUACAGCUUCUCCACCGUGAAUGGCCUAGAUGGAAAAUCAAUUGUGCUGUUUGGAGGUCAGAAUGCAACAGACACACAGACAUUUGACGCUACAAACGACAUUUAUGUGUUGGACACAUGCACUCUCAACUGGUCACAGCCAGUGAUCAGCGGCACACCUCCUACUGCUCGUGCAGGCCAUGAAGCAAUUGUCUAUGGAGACCAGUACAUGAUUGUGAUGAUGGGCAUUCAAAGUUAUGACAGUACGGCCGGGCCCAUUUAUACAGAUGAUACUGCGAUUCUGGAUAUGAAGACAUGGACUUGGGUCAGUAGCAUACCACCUACUAGCAGCAUAGGUGUUCCCACUGCCACUACUACUACAGCACCCACAUGUCGAUUCACAUUUCCUGUAGUGAUACCCAACACAGAUGGUGAUGACGGCGACUAUAACAACAAUAGCAAUGCCACCGUUGUAUCCAACACGAACAAAUCGCCUACAACAACACAACUGGCCGUUGGCAUCACAUUUGGUAUUUUGGGUUUUUUGCUGCUGAUGACUGGUGCUGUGAUAUUCAUCAUGCGAAUAAGAAGAGAUGUGGAUGCCAAACAGAAUCCAAGAUGGGUGCCCAGUGUGUUUAAAAAACGAAACAGAGAGAGGCUUGCAUCAGCAUCCAUCACAUCCUCGACAGCAUCUGCUUAA